AUGCCUAUUUCCGGUCACUGUCUCUGCAAAGCCGUCACCUACUCGGUCAACAUCGAGCAGCCGCUCGCUACGGCUUAUGACCACUGCGAUGACUGCCAGCGUCAGAGUGGCUCAACUUACUCCCUCGUCGCCAUUGUCCCCAAAGACCUUCUGGAGCUGAACGGUCCUACCAAAACUUACACCAGCAACGGCUCUUCCGGCCAGCCAGUCCACCGUGUCUUCUGCGGCGAGUGCGGUUCGCCCAUCGCCCAUGACCCCGAGGCUGCGCCCCCGAUUAUCGCCCUCAAGGCCGGUACUUUCGACACCGAGAUCAAGAAGACAUUGAAGCCCGACACCGAGAUCUGGACCGCCAGCAAGUUGCCGUUCUGCUCGGAGCACUUGGCCAAGCCGUUCGAGCAUAUGCCUCAAUAA